GUCAGUGGGGAAAGCUAGGCUUUCCUUCCAGAAACAAGGGAGAGAGCCGAGGGGACAGCUGUUGUGGAGGUUUCUAAGGAGACUCAGACUGGCUUCUUUCCCUGCUCCUGGGAGACGGCAGGAAACCUCAGGUAUCUCAGUGACCCCAGUGGGUGGAUGUUUAUAUGAAAGAGACAGAAGCUGCAAUAAGAAGAGAUAGAUAGACUGAGAGAACGAGAGAGAGCAAGAGAGCAUGCAACAGAAACAGGGGAAGAAAUAGAGACCCAGAGACUGCGAUUGACAGACAAGUGGAGAGAGACAAAGAGUAAGAGAGAUAGAGAGUUGGUGGGUGGGAAAUUGACGGUUUUCUUUUCUUUUCUGUUUUUGGUUUUUUGUUUUGUUUUUUUUUAACCCACUGUGGUUUUGCCUCUGACAGAAGGGAGGACCGCUGCUCCCUAGCCAGCAAGCAGCCCCCAACCUGGAUGGAGUGAAAGAUGCGGCCUGAUGACAUUAACCCGAGGACUGGGCUAGUGGUAGCCCUGGUCAGUGUCUUUCUGGUCUUUGGCUUCAUGUUCACCGUCUCUGGGAUGAAAGGAGAGACUCUGGGAAACAUACCCCUCCUGGCCAUCGGGCCAGCCAUCUGCCUGCCAGGCAUUGCGGCCAUUGCCCUGGCCAGGAAAACUGAGGGAUGUACUAAGUGGCCGGAAAAUGAGCUGCUGUGGGCCCGCAAGUUGCCCUGCUUCCGGAAACCCAGGGACAAGGAGGUGGUGGAACUGCUGAGGACCCCUUCAGACCUGGAGUCAGGCAAGGGAAGCUCAGAUGAGCUGGCUAAGAAGGCGGGCCUCAGAGGAAAGCCUCCCCGCCAGGGGCAGACCGAGGUGCCUGUGGCCAGUUCCAUCACCACCCCUACACCCACGGAAGAAGGAGAAUGCCAGAGCCUGGUCCACAGUGGGCAUCAGGAGGAGACAUCCAGAUACCUGGACGGCUACUGUCCCUCAGGCAGUUCCUUAGCCUACAGUGCCUUGGAUGCCAAAUGCUCAGCCUGGGACAGAUCUGAGUGCCCUGAGCCUGAGGACAGCAUCUUCUUUGUGCCCCAGGACAGUAUCAUCGUUUGCUCCUACAAGCAGAACAGUCCCUAUGACAGAUACUGUUGUUACAUCAAUCAGAGUCAAGGCAGGUGGGACCACGAGACAAUAGUCUGAGCUUUGCAUACAAGAGUCGCUUUGUUGAUAGAAACGUGGCUACACUCAGCUUCCAGGGGAAGGAAACUGCCCUGUUCCAACAGCCUUCACACUGUUAGAAAUUGAUUUGGUAUGUGAUGGAUAUACAAAUCUGGGGUUCCUGAGAGCCAUGUAAAUAGGCAUGUUGGGGACAUAUUUUAGGGAAGGGUGAUAAGGGUUAAGGACACUGGAAGAGGCAUCUGGUAGGAGAGGAAGCAAUUCCAGUUGCUUUUUAACAACUAAAUCAUGCUGGAUGUUUUGUAAACAUCCAGAAAGUGGAUGUUUCUGGUAACCCAGAAAGUGCUACCCAGCACCUGCUAAAAGGAAGAAAAAUCUAGAGUGGGCUGCAGAUAUCAGCCAUGAAACGAUACGUGGGCUUGCCAUAGGGAAAAUGAGCUGCUUUCAGUCUGAAUAAAUUGAAAGACAAAACAAUUUAGUGCUUCAUUAUAUGAAAUGAUUUUUCUCUGGUGAAAGCUCUCCACACUUAAUAUUUAUUUGCUGAAGGAAAAAAAGUCAAGAUAGAAAAGCUACAUCCCUCUUUAGGUGGGAUGGAUUUUGGAGAAAGGGGAGUUAAAAA